AUGGUUUUUGCUUUCCCCUUCUCUCUUGAGGGUCAAGCAAAAGAGUGGUUCUACUCCCAACCGGAUGAAGUGGUGACUAAAUGGGAUCUAUUGGGAAGAGAGUUCUUAGACAAGUUCUUUCUGCCGGAGAAGACCGAUUACAUCCAGAAAGAAGUUUUUGGUAUAAUGCAAAAAGACCAAGAGGCCCUCUAUGAGUACCGGACUCGAUUCAAGAGACUAUUGAAAUCUUGUCCACAUCAUGGAUUGGACACUCACUUGCUCAUUAGCUAUUUCACUGGAGGUCUCUGCUCGGCGGAUAAGAGAUUGCUUACCGCUUCUAGUGGUGGUUCCCUUUCUAAGAACAAGACGGCGGCGGAAGCAUGGAGCUUGAUAAAUGAUGUCGCCGAGGCUACACAACAUGUAAGGGUGAGGAACAACCCUCUCAAGGGUGUGGUGGAAGCGCUUCCUUCCGAAUCGACUUUGACCAAAGUGCUUGGGGACAUGACCACUCUCCUCACGAAGAUGCACAAGGAACAAAAGGAAUUUUACUCAAUCCAAGCCGUCCAAGCCCCACCCCAAAUCCUCCAACUUGAAGGACCUCCUAGAGUAUGUGGUUUAUGCUCUAGCACCACAUAUUACACCGACCAAUGCCAUCAAGUACAACAGGAUUACCCCUUUACGAUAGCCAAUGUGAACUACAACAACUGUCCACCCUAUCAAUCUCAAGGCCAAAAUAAUUACUCUCAUAGUAAUAGUUUCAAUCAAGGGUGGAGGAACAAUGCACAAGGGAACAACCAAAAGCAAAGAUGGAACCAAGGCAACUCAUCCUCUCAUUAUCAAAACAACACCAAGCAAAAUCAUCAUAUCCAACCAUACCAACACCCACAACAAAAUCACAACAACAACCACUCUAGAUAUCAAGCACCUCACCAAAGACUCCAAUCUAAUCAACCCUCUUCUUCUUCCACCAACCAAGGUGAUGACUCUAAUCGUGCACUCUACCAAGAGCAAGAGAGACUUAGAGCUAUGGUAGAGAAAAAUAAAGAGAACAAUAGGGCCCAAUUCUAUAACAUGAGUGCUCAAUUGUCCAACAUCACCGAAUUACUUUCAAGGAUAUCCCUACCUCCUACCAACAAUACCAACACCAACCAAGCCUCUAGCUCAUCCCACCUUCCUUCCCAACCUCUCCUAAACCCAAAGGGUAUCAUCAAUGCAAUCACCUUGAGGAGUGGUACAACGCUUGAGGAAGUUGAACCCAAGCCCAUCAAGUUGGCAGUGGAUGUUCCUCAUGUAGAAGUUGGUGAAAUAAGGGAGAUAGAUGAAGAUGAAAAGGAGGAAGAAGUUGCAAAGAAAGAAGAUGAGCAAUUGAGGGCCAAGGAACCGAAGCGGAAGAGCAACUUAGAGGAACAAAUCCCUAUACCUUUCCCUACGUUAGCCAAGAAGGCCAAGAAGAAUGAGGAGCUUGAUCCGAACAUAGUGCAAAUCUUCAAGAAUGUGGAGGUAACUAUUCCACUCUUUGAUGCCAUACAUCAAGUUCCAAAGUAUUCUAAGUUCCUUAAGGAUGUGUGCAUUCAUAAAGAUAAUAUUGGUGGACUAGGGAUGAAUCUAUUAGGCAAUUUUGCUUCUUCUGUGAUGGUUGAUUUUCCUGAAAAAUAUAUUGAUCCCGGUCCUUGCUUGGUUUCUUGUAUGAUUGGUGAGAUUCAACUUAAGGACUCCAAAGGGAAGGUGGUGAAGUUUAAAUUGGAGGAAACCAUAAGGCAACCUCUAGAGGUACAUUCAAUUUUUGGUUGUGAUAUUGUUGAAGAUGAUGUAAUUGAAGAACAUUUUGGGAGUGACAAGAUAAGCUUCAAUAGAGGUUUGGGUACAAGAGGAGUUAGCAAGGAAAAGGGGAAGGAUCCACGACUUCCAUAUCCUCAAGUGAACAAGGCACCCAAUCAUGGCGCAAUUGACAAGUGGAAGCAUCUCCCCUUGAAGGACACUCUUACCAAAGCCAACAAGAAGGACAAGAUAGAUGUCCUUGAGGAUAUUCCAAAAAGAUGA